ACCAAACUGAAUCAGGAAUCAUCAUACAGGCAUAUAGACAAUCGGGAUAUCUACCUUCAUAUAAACUGCAGAAAAAAAUCUGCGUUAGACAAAGGUAGUAUGUCCUCUCAGCCAAUCAGUUUUGUGUCUUUUUUUAUCAUCACAGAUGAGGAAUACGCAGACAGCCGAUGGAGGACCCCCCAUUGUCAGACAAAACACACCUGAUGCUCCUGCAGAGACUCUGUCUGAAAUCAACAGUAUCCCAAUGAUCUUCAGUCUGAACCAGAGCAGCGCCAUGUGUCUGCCUGUGGUCUCUGAUAGUCAGAGGCUUAUAUGGGUUCACGCAAACCAGAUGGAACAAAAUCUGGAAGCUGCUGCAGAGCUGGGUAAGGAGUUCGAUAAAUUUCCGUACCUCACACAGAAACAGACAGCUGCACUAGCUGGGCGAUGCUCCCUGCACCCUGACCAGGUGAAGGUGUGGUUCAUGGUCCAGAGGCUCCGCUUUGGCAUCAGCUGGGACUAUAGAGACAUCCGGAUGGUUCGCAACCAGUUCAAGUCAAAUCAGGGGAAGAAAAAAGAGGAAAAAACUGACGGUGGAGAGAAAAAGACACGAAAAAUGGACGUUAAAAAGUCUGGUGGAAACAAGGUGAGGAGAAAGUUGAGUAAGGAACAAAGUUCGAUCGAGGGAGGGAUGGUGGGAGAGAAUGUGAGGGCUUAUGAACAAAUGGAGAAAAACAUGAAGCUGGAGCAACAAAUUAAGAAAGAGAAGGAUGGAAAGCGGAAAAGGAGGAAAGUGACGGCCAACAUGGGAGAGGAACAUGCUGAAGAAAAGGCCACACUUCCCGCUAAGAUCCGCUGCCCUGCAAAGACGCAGACUCAGGUGGAGAUGAUGAGGAUGGCUUUCCUGCAUUGCCAGUAUCCAGACAGCAAUGAAUACGAGCAUUUGUCCUGGCUGAUUGGCGUCUCCCGCUAUCUGUUGGUUCAGUGGUUUGGUGACACGCGCUAUCACAUCAAGAAGGGAAGGCCACGCUGGAUGAGCGAGAAGCAGCACUGCCGGACGCUGGCCAACGUCGAGUACAGGCAGUAUCUGAAGAAGUUGGAGAGGUUGCAGGAAGUCGAGAGCCCCCGAAAAAGAACACAGAAGCCUGAGCUUGACGGGAGUGUGACCUGUGGCGAGGAAACAGGUGAGCGAGGGCCUACAGAGUCACCGUGAUUCAAGAGUCUCAUAUCUUGACAAUUUCAGAAUGUUUUUCAAAAAUAUUUUUAAGA